GUACCUACCUAGUAUGCCUGUAUGAGACGUGUUAUCUCCUUAAUGGUAUUGUAUGUACCCGCCGCAACCUUGGAACCUUGAAACCUGCUACCUCGUCUGGCAGGGCUGGCACAGUGGGUUCAAUUGUAAGAUGCCAGUUCAGAAACGGAACAAACGGGAUGUUUCUGUGUUUUGGGCAGCACAUAGGCCGUGCUCCCUAGGACUUGAAAUCGAGAGGCAACAUACAUAAGGUCCCGGAUGAGAGAAAAAUUUUACUGUCGUUCAUUUAAAUUUCCCAUAGUUAUCUUAAUACUCUUGUGAGUUAUCGCGGCGGGACCGAAAACUUUGGCGUCUUUUGACAUCGAGUGCACCCUACCAUGGGGAUUCCGCGAUGGAAGGAUUUACCUACGCAGCAUCCUAGGACAUAUGAUACACUCAGUGCUAUCGGGCGCGCCAUUAGGCCGUAUCUACCGCCUGUCAACUACAUCACCCUGCACUAUGCAUACUUUAUCGUCGUCUCCGUAAUCGCCACGCUCAUCUUCUGGGGCUCUUCGGUCCCAGCCUACAGCGUUGGCUGGUGGGAUAGCAUGUUCAUGGUCGUGUCGGCGCUUACUGCGACUGGCCUCAACACCGUCAAUCUCAGCCAGUUGACAACUUUCCAGCAGGUCAUACUGUGCCUAUUGAUGAUGAUCGGUAGUCAGGUUUUGGUUUCCUACGCCACCAUCGCGUAUCGACAGCACAUCUUCGAGAAGCGCUUCGAGGAUAUCGUGGAGAUGGAGCGAGAAAGGAGGAAGAAGAAGAUGUCGGGAACCGGCGCCGUGGUUGGGAUGACGGGUACUAUGUUCGGGCUACAGGUAAUGUCGUCUUUCGGAAGAGGACGGGCGCAGAGCAAACCGCGACCUUUCAACCAGGCAAAUUCUUCGACUUUGCACGCGCGAAAGCGUUCUGACGAGGUAUCUGUUUCGGAAGUUCAAGCGGGGGGUAUAAGGGGCCAACACAUUGGCUUCCUUGAACCUGUCCAAGAAGAUAAGCCUUUGGAGGGACAACCAGCAGAGGCAACCGGUCACUCGAUUUACCAAACUCAAUCUCAUCAAACUGGAGCGACUAGACGAAGAUCUCAAACAGCGGAAUCAAGAACGAUAUCCGAGGGAUUCAACGUACAAACCUUCCUCAAGGAACAAAAGCGUAAUAUCGGGAGGAAUGGCCAAUUCUUCAAUUUAUCUGAAGACGAACGAGAAUACCUCGGGGGUGUCGAGUAUCGUGCCCUCAAAUUCCUAUCCUGGUUCGUCAUCGCCUACUUCUUGCUCUGUCAGUUCUUCGGUGCCAUCGCGCUUGGUGCCUGGAUGUCGGUCUACAAAAACGAUGUAGCUGCCGUCAAUGCUCAGAAUCCAUGGUGGGCUGGCAUCUUCCUCGCUAUCUCCGCAUAUAACAAUGCCGGCUUCACGUUGUUGGAUGCAGGGUUCAUACCUUUCCAGUCCUCGUAUUUCCUACUUACUAUUGUUACACUGCUAUCGCUGGCCGGUCCGGCGGCUUUCCCCGUCUUCAUGCGAUUUAUAAUAUGGUCCAUGGCAUCUCUAUUAAAUCUCUUCACAAAAGGAAAAGAGUACGGCGUUUGGAAAGAGGGGUUUGAUUUCAUCCUAAAAUUCCCUCGUCGCGUAUACACCAAUUUGUUCCCUGCCAAGGACACUUGGAUAUUCGGGCUCACGUUCGGGGGCUUUGUGAUAGUGGACUGGAUAUUAAUUCUAAUCCUUAGUAUUGGGAAUCCGACGUUUGAGGCUAUCCCCCUCGGCCAGCGAAUUUUCGAUGCCCUCUUCCAAGGAUUUUCGAUCCCUUCAGGGGGUUAUGCUAUAGUAUCGCCAUCGGCCGUUUAUUUCGACAUCCAGGUACUUUGGCUAGUCGUUACAGCGGCUUACCCUCAUAUUAUCACUAUCCGAAACUCCAAUGUCUACGAGGAACGAUCAUUAGGGAUAUACGAAGGCGACCACGCAUCAGAGGAACAACUUCACUCCGCAAGUAUCAGUCUCGUCGACGCUGACGAUAUUGGUCUUCAAGAUCAAAGCGAGAUUCCACCGCCUACGACCAACAAGAACUGGGACUCGGUCUCGCGAGCGCCAUCCACCGCGUCCAUUAAGAAGCUCUACGUAGUUGGCCGACGCGGCACGGCAUUUGUUGGCCGCCAAAUUCAGCAGCGUAUGUCAUCCUUCCAAGGCGUCGGUAUCAAUGCUCCCGCCCCCGCGUCAGCAUCGGCGCCGCCGCCCAAGUUAGGGAUUCGCCGAGCCCAGACCGUCGACUUCGCGCGUAUCUCUGUCCACUCCCUCCACUCUCACCCGCCAACGACCGGCCCUCCGAGUCUCGUCUCGCAACAAGUGCGCGGCCAGCUUAGCCACGACGUGUGGUGGAUCGCACUAAUGCUGUUCCUCAUCGCUGUCAUCGAAACAAAACACUCAAUUGCUGACCCGUUGACGUUUAAUGUUUGGACAUUUCUUUUCGAGAUUGUAGCAGGUUACACGACAGGUAUGUGCCUAAUCGGUAUUAGCAUCGGCCUACCUAACCAGAGCUAUAGUCUCAGCGGAGGCUUUUACACCGGGAGUAAAAUAGUCAUGAUUCUAGUGAUGCUGCGUGGCCGGCACAGGGGCUUGCCUGUCGCGCUAGAUCGAGCCGUUCGGCUGCCGGGGCAUCGGCUUGCUGAGGAUGAAGAGGAAGACGCUGAGAUCCGGAGCAUGUCGGCCUUUUCACGUUAACUUCUAACGCCACUGCGAAAAAUAUUAUCAGCAUCACCGACGGGUGCUCUAUAGAUCUUAUUAGAUCUAACACGUAUCACACGAUACUUAAAAAAGUUCCAUUUAUUGACUCUUCUUAAAGAUACCAACAGAAUUACCUAGAUUUCUUACCUAGUCGAAUAUUUCCUAAUUUACCUCAGACGAACUUUUCCUCGUCGUAUUCGCGGAGAGAACAAGUGUCUAGGGCAGAC